AUGGCGGCAAUGCGUGCAAGCCAAAGGAUCAUGGUAUUUAGUGGGCGGACGGAUGCAGGGCGAACCGAUGCAAGGCGGGCAGAUGCAGGGCAGAUAAGAGAUGAUGAUCGUGGUUUUCUAGGAACAUUAGCAAGUAGUAGUGCAGAUGGAGGUGUUGAUGUCUUCGCUGUUUUGGUUUCCAGUUUUGUUUUCGUCCCACAUAAGUUUCAAGAAGUUUCGGUUUUAUGUGGCCUCAGGAUUUUAGCAGAGUGGUUGCUGUGGAUUGUGGGUGGGAUCAUGUUCGAUAAGCUUCAGGAAGGUUCAGGUUGGAUCGUUGUGGUGCUGAGUGCAUUUUUGUCUGGUGAGCUCCCAGGAGGGAUAUGGAACAUAUCACGAUUGAGGGCAUUGGCUUUAUCUGAUAAUCAACUUAAGGGUCCCAUUCCCAUGGAAUUGUCGUUGGUGACUUUAGACCUUAGUGAAAACCACUUAACAGGAGAAAUUCCUAAUUGGAUUGGUAAUCUUUCUGCUUUGAGCAUCCUCCUUCUGAAAGAAGGUUACAGGGCAGCCACUGAAUUUCGGAUAAGCAAAGAUCUAAGGGUAGAAGGGGUGGAUUAUACAACAAAGAGAGGAACUUAUACAUACGAAGGAAACAUUCUCGAGUACAUGUCUGGGAUUUAUUUGUCAUGCAACAGAAUAACCGUUGAAAUCCCUCUUCAGUUUGGAAACUUGAGUGAAAUCCUUUCCUUGAACCUGUCACACAACAACUUAACUGGACACAUACCAUCAACAUUCUCGAGGCUCAAGCAAAUUGAGAGUCUGGAUCUUUCCCACAACAACCUAAUUGGAAGAAUCCCUAUUCAAUUGACGGAGUUGUACACCCUAGAAGUCUUCAAUGUGUCGUACAACAACUUGUCAGGGAGUAUUCCAUCUAAGAAAGCUCAAUUCGGGACCUUCGAUGAAAGCAGUUACGAGGUGAAUCCUUUUCUCUGUAGGCCUCCCCUACAUAAAAGUUGUGACAGGCCCGAUUCACCCCCAACACCAAACGCCUCAGACGACGACGACGAAGAAAACGGUUUGAUGGACGUGUACGUUUUCUGGGUGACCUUCUCUGUUGCUUAUGCAAUUGUGUUACUGGUUAUUGCUGCCAUCCUGUACAUCAAUCCAUAUUGGCGACGAGCAUGGUUUUAUUUGUUGAACGCUGCAUCAGGACUUGCAAUUGUCACUCGGGCCUUUUGGCACGUCUCUGAGUUUUCUCAGUUUUCUAGCUUUGCUAGUUUUCUUGUUUCUGCUUUGUUUUUGUUUGGUGUUCUCAUUGGAUCUCAUGGGCGAUUUGGAGGAAGAAUUGGAAGGGCUUUGUUUGGGGGAGGAGGAGGAGGAAACUUUGAUUUUAGAGCAGCUGACGGAGGCGGAAUAAAUAACUCUAGCCAUUUUGGCACUCUGGGGCAUAUCGAUCACAGUUAG